CGGGCCGCGCCGUGGAUGUCUCACGGCUCCGCUUUUGUUUCUCUCCAGGGUGUUUGUGCUCCUCCGAGCCCGUCUCUCCGCCCCCGUGCCUGCCGCCCGCCCCGCCGAGCCCUCUCCUCCGCGGGCAGCGGCAGAGCCGCCUCCGGGCGGGCGCUGGUGGCAGAGGUGCAGCUGGGGCGCCCUCGCCGCCGGGAACAUGGCGACGGGGGGCUACCGCGGCGCCGGGGGCAGCACCACGGACUUUCUGGAGGAGUGGAAAGCUAAGCGGGAGAAGAUGCGGGCCAAGCAGGCGCCGCCGGGCCAGGCGGCCGCGGCCGGGGGCGAGGCCAAGCCGCUCGGGGGCACGUCCUCCGCCGAGCUCAACAACAACCUGCACCCCGGCGGCCCGGCCGCCCCGCCCGAGCGGCCGGCGCCCCCCGGCGGCGGGGCCGUCCACUGCGUCAGCCUCGCCAGCGCCGCCUUGAGCAGGGCCGCCCCCGCCAAGGAGCCGCUGCCGGGCCUGGCCGGCGGCCGGGGGGCAGAGCCUGCCGCCAAGCCCCCGGCCGCCGCCGGCUCCCCGGAGGGCGAGGAGAAGCUGGCCGCCAAGGGGAAGAGCGCCGGCCCCAGCGCCAGGAAGGGGAAAGGGCAGAUCGAGAAGAGGAAGCUGCGGGAGAAGCGGAGGUCGACAGGUGUGGUGAACAUCCCGGCCGCCGAGAGCCUAGAUGAAUAUGAAGAUGAUGAAGCAGGACAGAAGGAGCGGAAGAGGGAGGAUGCUAUUACCCAGCAGAAUACAAUACAAAAUGAGAGUUCCAGUGCAGAUGCAGCUGGCUCAUACUUACUACAGGACUCCUCCAGGAUGGCUUCAAGCAGAUUUAAAAGCACACCUAAUGCGCCAGAAGAUGAUGUUGCAAACAGAUAUUCCCGAACAACAUAUAGCAGAUACAGCAGGGAUGCAAAUUCUUCUGGGAAUUCUGUACCAAGUAAUGCUUUGGAAAAGAGGAUUGAGGAACUUGAAAGAGAACUUGCAAAGGAGAGACAAGAAAAUGUGAGAUUAAUGAAGAUUACACAGGACAAAGAGGAGUUGAUUGUUAAGCUGAAGGAAGAAAUUGAUUUAUUAAACAGAGACCUAGAUGAUAUAGAAGAUGAAAAUGAACAAUUGAAGCAAGAAAAUAAAACCCUGUUAAAAGUUGUUGGACAGCUGACAAGGUAGAAGAUUCAAGCCUCAAUGAGGAAAGAUUUUUAAAAACUACUGAUUGAAUGUUAAGGUCAAUAUAGUAAUUCUUCCUGUGUUGCAGUUUGUUAAAAUAACUGUCUUUAUAUUUAUUAUUAGGAAACCAGAUGGAUGUUUAUUUUCAUAAUACUUUCUUCUUCAUUCAAUGAAAUGGCAUCAAUUUGGGCAUAUAUUUUUAACUUUCUUUUCAAAGGAGAGUAACAAUUUUGACGUAUUUCAAAAUAUUAAAAUUAUUUGGGUUUUAUAUCUUCAUAUUACAUCUGGAUAAAUUACAGUAGUUUAAAAUUUGUAGCACCAAGAUCACUUUCAGUCUAUGUGGGUGUAUAUUUUUUGAAUGAAUGGAAGCAAUAGAUAUAAGCUUUGUUUACACAGAUCCAAAAUAUAUAUUUUGGGAACUAUUUCUUUCUUUGUUUAAGCAGCUGUAAAGUGGAUGCCUUAUUACUGAUGUAUAACAUUUUGCAGAUUGAUUACUUGCUCUAAAAACUCUUGUAUGUUGAGUUUUUUUUUUUUUACUGUAUCUGGAAGACUGACAAUAGUAGAGAGUAGCUUUUUUUCUAUAUAACAGUAUUCUGGCAGAAGGGGGAGGUUUUACUAAAAAAAAAAAUCACCUGCAGUAUCAGCAUUAGUGAGUUCUUAGAAUCAUAUUGAAGUUGUGCACUGUAGUUUAUCUUAAAGCUUUUGCUUUAGCAGUGAAAUGCAAGUUUUCUAUCAAACAGCGAAUUUUUUGGCGUGUUAAGAAUACAAAGCCUGGAGCUUUCAUUUUGGCAAAGACACUUUUGCAAUACACUUUUAUUUAAAUCUGUUGUCUUAAAAUUUGUAGUGAUCAUAAUCAAUGUGAUGUUUCUGAUGUUUUCGUUUUUUUAAGCUGGGUCAAAAUUUGUGUAUAUAACAAACGAGGAGUGUAAGUGAUUCAUGCCCUUUUGAAAUAGCAUAUUGUUUUAAAAAAACAUUUUAUCCUUGAUUUUAAACUUACAAGGUGUUUGAAAAGUGCCUGUUUAGAUGUUACAAACCACUUAUGUUGAUACACUGAUUUUAUUAUAGCAUGAUAGUACACAAAAUUUUCUUUUUCAUAAACCAUAGACUUCAGUGAAUAAUUCUCUCCUUAAAAUUCUUGUUAGGCUGAGAUAUGAUGUACUUUAUUUCAUGUUAAUACAGCACACAUUUCAUCCCUGUCUGAAUAAAAAAUCUAAGUUUUGGGGUGAGGAGACCGGAAGUGAAAUUAUUUUGUAGGCUUUUUUUCUCGAUGAUUUUGAAGCUCAGUGUUGGAAAAUGGCAUAUGUUUAUUUUUUGUUACCUUAAAACUUCAGAGCAACUGAAAUAUAUCGUGAUGAUAGUCAUCUAAGAUUUGUCAGUUUCUUCCAUGAUUUCUGUUUAAUAAGAUAUUCUUAAACUUCAAAUCCAGGAAUUAAUAUGUGAUACUUUUGAAUAUAGACUAGAUUAUUCUAGAUUCAUAUAUUUUAGUAAGGAGGAGACUUUCAUAGCUUCAAAUUAUUUUACAAGAUACUUAUGUGCCAGGAAUCCUUGAGGUUUCCUUUCACAGUAGAAGAGAUCCUAUAGGAGACAAUUUAAAACUUUAACAGAGUGGUUUAAAUGGUGCAAGGAUUUUGCCUAGACCUUCUGAACUAUACUAUUCACCACUGAAUAUGGCUCUUAAUAUUAGCCAAGCAGUAAAAAGUCCCUUAAUUAAUCACUUUCAUAAAAUCAGAAAUUUAAAGUGAUAAAAAAAUAAAUUUCCUUGAGAUUAUACAGUCUUAGCAAAUAUGAAACUUUCAUUGGAAAAAUGUGAUUUUCUUCUAUGUGUACUAGAUAGGGAAUGUACUUACAGAUUUAAGGCAUGGGAAGUCGAAUACUGGAGUAUGAUCAAGGAGAUGAGACAUUAAAACAUCUAGAGACAGAUAUUAAUUUAGAACACAGAUAUUAAUACAGAGGUGUAUAUGAUAGUAUUGAUACAGAGGUGUACAGUUUUAUAAACUGUAUUUCAUAUACAUUUUAAUCCAAAGGACAAUGGCAACAAAGAACAUAAACAAGAAUUACUUGUCAUCGUAUUUCCUCCUCUUGGUCUGCAUGUGUAUUGACUAAAGCUUAGCAGCAGAAAUUCCAAAAUUAGAAUUCCCUUUUUAACCUACAUAUCCAGUUGAUGGGAAUAUUUAUCUCAUGGCAGAAGCACUUACGAUACCCUACUGUGAAGAGGUGAGGGCAAAGGAAGUUUCCAGAUCGUUGAAAAGAGUAAUGCUUCAGCUGGAGCAUGUGAACAAGGGGCUGUGGGAACUCGCACAGCAAGUACCUUGGGACAUUAGUGUUGUUCUGUGUUACUACACAGAGAGAAAACUCUUCACGAUUUUAAAAAUUCCCACAAAUUGUAUCUUGAAACGUAACGCUUUUGCUGACGUUUCUUAAGAUUUAGGGAGUUCGAGGGAAAGAAGUAUUUCUGUAAUAAAAAGUUAAUUGCAACUUAUGUUAUCAGCUCUAGGGGAGAAAUUUAGUAGUCUCUAGGAAAAAAUACAUACGUAGACUAUUAAUAAUCAUGUAGUCGUAACUUACCGUUACGUUUUUAUUUCAUUAGCGUAUCCUUAUAGUCAUGCUCAAACACAGAGUAAGGUUUUUUUCUGAGGUGAUUUGAAGGGGUUGAAUUACCUUGCCAGCAAUUUGCUAACCCAAGCCCACUUGCUCUCCGGUCCAGCACCUCGAUUGUGUAGUUUUAAAGCAGAGAGAGUGCUUAGGCAAGUGGGAACCCAUCUCACUGAGGAAGGCUAUAUAUUUCCUUAAUGAAUCUAGGUAUUUCCAUAAUGAGGCUAAAUUAAUUUGUUAGCACUUUUUCUGGAUGGCAAUGCAAUAUUAACUGUAUGGGUAAAUCCCUUGAAAAUUCCUGAACUUUAUAAUGUGGAUUGGACUGCAGAGGAUCUAGCAUUUGUGUUUUGUGGAAACCUAGGUUGUAAAGGAAAUUUAAACAGAAUAGUAUCUCUGUUGGCUAAACUAAUAGGACAGAAAUUUUUUUCAAGAUGCUUUAGUAAUGAAUGAUACAUAAUACCUGUAUUGAUCAUGAAAAUGAUGGUCACAUACUGUUCUAUAGAAAAUACUACAUCCAGAGCUGGAGGUUCAAAUAGUGCAGAAAUACUUUUACCAUUGAUAAUAUUAAUUUACCAUUAGUUUUUGAGGGAUUUAUUCCUUAAAGUGGAGAUUAGCAAUAUAUAAAUUUUGAUGAUUUUUACAAGGAAAUCCAAAAUUACCCUUUUUCCAUUUUAAAAUAAUUAGAUUGCUAUGAUUAAGUUUGAUGUUACUUGAUGUAUAUAUUAACCAGAAGAGUACAGUCUGUAUUUUGUAUCUUCAAAGAAAAAUCUUUGUUAAUUACCAGAUUUGUAUUGACACAUUCAGAGAUUAUUUUUUCUUUAGAUUGUCUGAAUUUGAGGGGCAAAGUGAGAAAAGACAUUAACAAAUAAAUGAAGGACUCCAAAGUAGGAAGUAUAAUCUAGUGAAGUUUUUUAUUUAAAUGUACUGAGAAUUAGCUAUAGAGAGAUUUGUGAUUGGCAUAAGCAAUAUAAAAGAUGUAGAGGUUUUAGUUCUAGUUCAUUUGAAAAUAAAAGGAUCAAACUACAGCAAAACUCUUUUCAACUUGCCUGGUAUUAUUACCACUUGGAAACUUCCUACCACAAGAGAGACUGGUGGAGAUACUGAAGAUCAAAUUAUUUUAAAAACUUUGCUAUGAAGGCAGAGAUACACAGAGUUCAGCCGUGGUUAUUUCCAGCUGAAUUGAAAUAAAUCAAUAUUAGUAGCCAAGUGACUACUGGGAAAUAAACACAUGAAUUAUAACUGUAGAUAUUAUCAACAUGUUACUGAGCGUCAGUGUUUCUUGAGUUCAAAGACUCCUUUAUGAAGAUGUCAGCUGAGUCACUCCUUUCUCAUCAGUAUUAAUAAAAUCAUAAAUAUGUGGUGUUUUUAAUAUAAAACAUAAACAUUGUAGUAGGAAAAAAUUAGCACUGCAAGCUAUAACUUAAGAAAUGGAAAACAGUAAAUGAAAUAUGUGUGGUACCAGUAUCUGCUGAGACUAAGGAGCUAAAAGAAAAGAAGAUAAAAGAAAAUACUCUAAGGUUAAAGUACCUUCUGUAGAAUUUUUAAAAGUUCAGCUAAAAAUGAAAUUAAUUCUGCAUCCUGUCAUUUAAUUUAAUUUGGAAUUUCUCUGCUAAAAGUUCACUACAGAUCUGCUUGAGUUGGUCAUUCUGGUGUCAAUACCUGCAUAAGGAGCAUUUCUACUUCUGUUAUUAAGCAUUUCUUUAGAACGAAUUAAAUAUAUUCAAGACAUAAAGUACUUCCAUAUGUAUUGGAUGUAAAAGUCAUGAUCUUCAAGUACGUUUGUUUACUGUAGUAAAUCUGUCUACCAUUUCUCCUUGUACUUCCAUAGAUGUAUGUUACCUUGUUAAUUUAACCUUUUUGGUUUUAUUUCUAGAUUUCUGGUGUACUGUUCUUUUCCAGGGUUAUGGCUAGUUGUGAUUUUUCUGUUCUGAAAAAAAUUGAGAUAGUUGAGGUUUUCCUCUGAAAAUAAUUUUGUAAUCAUAAUG